AUUUUCUUGCCGUGCUGCGUGGGUUAGCAGUUCUGUUUCUUCUACUGCAGAACAAUGAAUCCACCAUUCAAGAUACUGCAGAGACUCUGGGCAGCCCCUUUGUUAUGAGUUCAGUCAAGGAAGCCAUGCGUCUUGUGGAUGGAGCCUAUAAGUACACUAGAGAUACAAACAAGCAGAGGCUCAAUAACGGUACAGUGAUCCCAUCUGACCUGUUGUCCUACUUCAAGCAGCCUGUGGCAGAGACAAGAACUGCUAUCCGUGCGGCAGAUUACAUGUUCACCACACUGGACCUCAUUCAUAGCAAAGUACAUCAUAGAUAUAAGCGAUCAAUAAAUGCUACAGACCUCCUUUCUCAGAGUGACCUUGCUACAAUUGCCAAUAUCACUGGAUGCGAAGCUCAAACAAGGCCUCUGACAUGCAGCAAUGACUGCUGGUCAAACCAAUACAGGACGAUCACAGGAGUGUGCAACAACAGGCAAAACCCUCGUUCAGGAGCUGCUAACACACCAUUUGCGAGGUGGUUGCCACCAAAGUAUGAGGAUGGCUUCUUUUUGCCUUUAGGAUGGACAGCAGGAAUCAAUGUUUCUGGAUUUCCCCUUCCACUGGUCCGUGAGGUCUCAAACAAAAUUGCUCAUGUGUCAAAUCGUGAUGUACAGCCAGACCGUGAGCUGUCUCAUGCAUUCAUACAGUGGGGUCAGUGGAUUGACCAUGACCUGGACUUUACUCCAGAGUCAGCCAGUAUAAAAACCUUCAGUGACGGAAUUGACUGCCAUUCAUCAUGCAUUCAAAGGAACCCCUGCUUCCCCAUUAAGGUCCCACAAAAUGAUUCCAGGAUUAAAAACCCCAAUGAAUGUAUUCCUUUCUUUCGCUCAUCUCCUGUGUGUGGCAGUGGUUUGCUGGGGUCUAUGUUUGGUGGAGUCACCCGACGAGAGCAAAUGAAUUCUCUUACAGCAUAUGUUGAUGCUAGCAUGGUAUAUGGCAGUAGUAAUGAUAAGGCAAACAGACUCCGGGACCUUACGACUGACCUGGGCUUGCUAAGAAUUAACAGGAAUUUUACCGAUAAUGGCAUGGCCUUUCUACCGUUUGGUAAUGUACAGCACAUGGACCCAUGCAUUUCUACCAGACGUAGUAGUGGAAUUCCAUGUUUUAUAGCAGGUGACAAUAGAGUUAGUGAAAAUCCUGGGCUCACAUCCUUUCAUACUUUAUUUGUGCGAGAACAUAACCGGCUGGCCACCGAACUGAAAAAGUUGAAUCCACAUUGGUCUGGUGAAAUCAUCUACCAAGAGACAAGAAAAAUCCUAGGAGCCUAUAUGCAGAAAAUCACAUAUCAAGAUUUUCUUCCUCGUGUUAUUGGUCCAGAAGCCAUGAGAACACAUCUACCGACCUACAAGGACUAUGAUGAUUCUGUUGAUGCCAGUAUUGCCAAUGUAUUUGCAACAGCAGUUUUCCGUUUUGGGCACAGCAUGUUUCAGCCAUUUGUGUUCCGGUCAAAUGAAACAUUUCAGGACCAUCCUCGAUUCCCCACAAUAUUGCUGCAUGAAGGAUUCUUCACCAGUUGGAGAGUAAUAGAAGAAGGUGGUGUGGAUCCAAUUGUUCGUGGUCUUCUGUCGAAUCCCAGCAAACGGAAUGUACAGAAUAACAUCAUGAAUGAAGAACUAAGAGACCGUCUUUUUGAAAGCAUUAAUCGACUGGGUCUUGAUCUUGCUGCACUGAAUCUGCAGCGUAGUCGAGACCAUGGAAUUCCAGGAUACAAUGAAUGGCGAAAGUUUUGCAACCUUUCUCAGCCCCGAAGUCUUUCUGACCUCGCAACUGUUUUAAACAACACCGAUCUUGCACGUAAGCUGAUGGAGCUAUAUGGUACACCAGACAACAUUGACAUCUGGAUUGCUGGAGUGUCAGAACCCCUUGUUAAUGGUGGAAGAGUGGGUCCUCUUUUUGCCUGCUUAAUUGGUUUGCAAUUUAAACGACUUCGGAAUGGAGAUAGAUUUUGGUGGGAAAAUAUUGAUGUAUUUACAAGUCAGCAGCGAGACACACUGCAGCAGAGCACUCUCUCUCGGAUUAUCUGUGACAAUACAAGAAUUAACACUGUUCCCAGGGAUGCAUUUAUCUUCCAAUCUCCACAGAAUUAUGUAAAGUGUAGUGAUAUACCACGUUUUAAUCUUAAUGCUUGGAAAGAGGAAGACCUCCCAUGUGGUGCUCCUCCAGCAAUAGCCAAUGGAAGCUUUACUCGCUGCAAGCUCUUUGUACGGUACAUCUGUUCUCCUGGCUUCACAAUUAUGAGUUCAGACACCAUAAUCUGUCAAAGCAAUCGACAGUGGGACAGGUCACCACCCACUUGUACAGGUACUAUCAACCUACUUUAG